AUGCGGGGCCAGAGCGCGUUGUGGAGGCUGUGGGCCGCAGCCGCUGCUGCAGUGCUGGCCGGGGAGCGCGGGCGUGCUGCUGCUGCAGCAGCGCAGCAGCAGCACCCUGCAGCAGCAGCAGCAGCAGCAGCAGCAGCAGCAGCAGCGACGGAGCUGGAGUGGGAGGGGCGGAUCGUGGCGCUGGGGGACCUGCACGGAGACGCAGCAAACGCGCUGCUGCUGCUGCAGGCCCUGGGCGUGGUGGACAGCAGCAGCAAAUGGGCUGCUGGCAGCAGCACACUUUUGCUGCAGACUGGAGACAUUGUGGACAGAGGCCCCGAAGGCAAACUUCUCUAUGAGCUCUUCAGCCAGUGGCAGCAGCAGGCGCAGCAGCAGGGCAGCAAAGUGCUGCUGCUGCUCGGCAACCACGACGCCAUGAACCUCUGCGGCGACUUCCGGUGA